UCUCUUGGCUUCUUCACCCGUGUUCCCUUGGCAACAUUUCAAAGUGCAUGCAGAUAUUUGGGGUCAGUGAUGGAGUUCUGGCCGACCCUGGCCCAGAUCCUGCUGAUGAGCAACCUCGCGGACCGGCCGCAAAUGGUGCAGAUGCGGGAUUUCAGCAUGAAGGACAUCAUUCAGCUGCACCCUUCAACAACGCCUCAUCCUGGAGGAUUCAAGUGCUUCACAUGUCAAGAUGCUGCAGAUAACUACGAGUGUAACCGCUGGGCACCGGACGUGUAUUGUCCACAAGACAGCAGGUACUGUUACACCACCCAUGUGAUGGAUCGCCAUGGCAACAGCAUCUCCGUGACCAAGCGAUGUGUCACCCCGGAGGCGUGUCUGUUGACGGGCUGUGCUGACGUCCAUGACGGAGGCCACCAGGUGUGCUCGUCCUGCUGCCAGGGGAACAUUUGCAACGUGUCGCUUCCCAGAAACCACAGCGCCGCCCUUUUUUCCUCCACAUCCCCUCUGGCCAGCGCGGCGGCCGCGCGACGUCACGCACAGACACCGAGUGACGUCAUCAUCAUUGGCGUCCUUGCACUAGGAUGUCGAUGAGACGCAAAUAGAGACCGGACGUGGACAUGAAUAUUACAAAACAAAACAUGUGGUUUAUGAUGACUUUUUAUUUCAAAACACAUGGCAAAUCUGUGCUCAUAAACCAGAUCGUAGUGUCAAAACUUCUUUAGCCUGUGUGAUAUCAUGUGCGAUACAAGCAGUCCUUCCACGUGUUUACUCAUGUGUGAUAUCAUGUGCGAUAAAAUCUAUCGUGCAGUGUUGACUUGAGUGUGAUAUCAUGUGCGAUACAAGCAUCCUGUAGAGUGUUUUCUUGUGUGUGGUAUCAUGUGCGAUACAAGCAGUCCUGUAGAGUGUUUGCUCAUGUGUGAUUUUAUGUGCGAUACAAGCAGUCCUGUAGAGUGUUUUUCCUCAUGUGUUAUCAUGUGUGAUAAAAUCUAUUGUGCAGAGUGUUGACUUGAGUGUGAUAUCAUGUGCGAAGCAAGCAGUCCUGUAGAGCAGUGGUCCCCAACCUUUAUGUAGCUACGGACUGGUCAACGCUUGAA